AUGUCUGCCCAAAUAGAGGACUUGCUGUCAGUUGGUCAGUUAAUCAAAGACAAAUGGAAAGUUAUAAAAAAAAUUGGUGGCGGGGGAUUUGGUGAAAUAUAUGAAGGUGAAGAUUUAACAACAAAGGAAAGAGUGGCAUUGAAAUUAGAGUCAGCAAAACAGUCAAAGCAGGUUUUAAAAAUGGAGGUAGCUGUUUUGAAAAAGUUACAAGGUAAAGAACAUGUCUGUGCUUUCAUAUGCUGUGGUAGGAAUGAAAGAUUCAAUUAUGUCGUCAUGUCGUUGCAGGGUAAAAAUUUAGCAGAACUGAGGAGGAGUCAGCCAAAAGGUUGCUUGACACUAAGCAGCACAUUAAGGAUCAGUUUACAAAUCUUGUAUGCAAUUGAAGCCAUUCAUUCUGUUGGAUUUCUUCAUAGGGAUAUUAAACCGUCAAAUUUUGCCAUGGGUAUAUUGUCAAAUACUUGCCGAAAAGUAUAUAUGUUGGACUAUGGACUGGCACGACAGUAUGUUAAUCAGUACGGUGAGGUGAGGCAACCCAGAACUGCAGCCGGGUUCAGAGGAACCGUCAGAUAUGCUUCAGUUAAUGCUCAUAAAAAUAAGGAAAUGGGUCGACAUGAUGACUUGUGGUCUCUCUUCUACAUGAUUGUGGAGUUCAUAACAGGAGCACUGCCAUGGAGGAAGAUCAAAGAGAAGGAACAGGUUGGAAAUUUGAAAGAGAAGUACGACCACACAUUAUUUCUGAAGCAUCUGCCUGUGGAGUUUCGUGCCUUUCUGAAUCAUCUGCAGAGUCUUACCUACACUGAUACUCCUCACUACGCUGCUCUGCAGGGCUUGCUGAUGCAGUGCAUGCACAGGAAAGGCAUAUCUGAUGCUGAUUUGUUUGACUGGGAGAAAAUACCAACUGAAAUGUCAACAUCAAACAUCUCAUUCACGACGCAAGCAGCGGUGAAGGAGGGCGACAUUAACGUUGAGUUAGUUAUCAACAUUUUAUAUGAUGUCAACAUUUAA